UAAAGUUGUUUGUCGGUCAGUGCUUCGUCUGUGUUGUCUCUUUGUGUCCCCUGCACCGGGGUGUUAUCGCUUUUAGAGAACACUGACAGCGCUGACAAAAUGACAAACCACACAUGAUCAUGUGGACGUCCUUCCUUUACAGUGUACCUCAUGGUGCUUUCCCAGGCAUGUUCCCGUACGAAUGGCAGACUUGCCGCGAGUGCAUGCCCAUCACGUGCGGGCUGCCCCGAAACCCUUGGGACCGACACGGUCGCACGUACGGUGGGGAUGGUUCCUCCAGAGGCCGCUACCCGUGGCACGCUGUGAUCUAUGCAAACGGCGUUCCUAUCGGCGGUGGAGCUCUCAUCUCCUGCAAGCUAGUCCUCACCACAGCGUAUCUUGUCCAGGACCACUCAACCCAGGAACUUCUGGUAAAGCUCGGCAAGGUCGACAUGCAAAGGACUUCGCCAACGGAACGCACCUUCAAGGUGUUCCAGAAGUCUCUUCACCCACUGUGGAACCCCGAUAAGGACCUCUACUCCAACGACCUCGCAUUGCUGCUGCUCGAACGUGAAGUGGACUUCGAAUCUUCCAAUGGUUUCAUCAACACCGUCUGUCUGCCCCCCGCACUGAGCGAUGCCAAGGGAUGGCUCACCCUUACUGGCUUCGGCUACGACCUCUCAGGUCGCAAAAUGAACACCAUGCAAGAACUCAACAUCAAGAAACUUCCGCAGGAUCUGUGCCCGCUCUUUAGGAACAAGCCUCAUAAUUUCUGCGGCCUCGGUACCGAUGCCGGUAUCUGUGCUGGUGACCGUGGCAACCCCAUAGUGCAGAUAACUCCGUCUGGACAGUUCAUGCUCGUCGGCGUAUCCAACGACUAUCAAUGCAAGGCCGGCGGUACCGACGUCUACACGCAGGUCUCAUUCUUCCUGGACUUCGUCUGCAACGCUCCCAUUGUGCCUUAGAACUACCUUGUCUAGUCACAUCAGUAUUUGUACAUAAUAUUGCGUACCUUGCCCGUAUUUAAAAAUGUGAUAAUAAAACGCUGGAUUGUUCAUA